CUACUCGGGACCGCUGCUACGCAGAUAAGGAUGCUGACCACUGGAAGGAGGGGAGAUUGAUGCCCAAAAUGCAUUGUCCUGUCAAUGUUCAAUGAUGUCUUCCGCGUCACCCUAGCCUGUAGCCUACACUGUGCUGUGUAAAGGCCAGAGGCUGGACCAACCUGUGUCUCUCAACAGACGGAUGGGCAAUUAGGCGUCCUUCCUAUAUGGCAGAAGAUGUUGCUUUUGUUGAGGCACCACAGCAGCCAUGAUGUGCGUGUUCUCGUUCCUGUUUAGUCGUGCACGUCCCCGCCCAGCAGCGUGAAUGCCGUGUGCGCGCAGGACCCGUCCCUACACGACACAGUACCAAACCACGCACGGAGCCUGGAGCUUGACACGAGAUAGCCACCCACUGAGCAGCGAGAGGAGAAGAUGGACGGAGUGGGAUCGUUUGGAGCGGGCCUGGCCGGUGCUGCCUUCGACCCGGUUUCCUUCAUAAAACAGCCGACCACCAUCCUAAGGUUGCUGUCGUGGGUCUUUUCCCUGGUGGUGUCUGCAUCCAUUGUGAAUGAGGGCUAUGUGAACCUGGGCAGUGAGCGGCUUCACUGUGUUUUCAAUAAGAAUGCAGAUGCUUGUAACUAUGGAGUUUUCUGUGGUCUGAUGGGGCUCCUGAUCUGCUCCUUAUUCUUCCUGCUGGAUGUCAAGUUCCAGCAGAUCACCUCCAUCAAGGACAGGAAGAAAGCUGUGAUGCUGGAGGUUGGAGUCUCUGGUUUCUGGACGUUCCUGUGGUUUGUUAGUUUCUGUUUCCUGGCCAAUCAGUGGUCCAGGACGGCUCCUGAGAACCUCCCGCUGAACCAGGGGGCAGAUGCAGCACGGGCUGCUAUCGCUUUCUCCUUCUUCUCCAUCCUCACCUGGGCUGGUCUGACAGUGCGAGCGGUCCAGAAGUAUCUCCUGGGAACAGACAUGACUCUCUUCACCACCGACCACCUGGAUGGAGUUGCCCCAGCAACACCAUACACUUCUGCGACCACAGGAGGCGCUACUGAGCCAACAGGCACCUACCAGAGCCCCCCCUUCACUGAGGGGCUGGAGGCCCCCGCACCUACAUACCAGGUUCCCAUAUACUAGCCAGUCCCUGUUCCCCUCUUACCCCCCCCCCCCCCACCCACCCACCCACUAGACCAGGGGUGCCAAACAUACAGCCAUUGGGGCAUGUCUGGGAGGACAGAAUAUUAUAGCCAAUGGGGCAUGUCCGGUAAGACAGAUUAUUACAGCCAAUGGGGCAUGUCCGGUAGGACAGAAUAUUACAGCCAAUGGGGCAUGUCCGGUAAGACAAUAUUACAGCCAAUGGGGCAUGUCCGGUAGGACAGAAUAUUACAGCCAAGGGGGCAUGUCCAGUAAGACAGAAUAUUUGUACCAAAUCAAGUUUGUAAAAUAACACAAACACAGAAUGUCAAUUGGAUGUUCAUCUGUAACAUAUCCAGGUCAGGAAGCAAUUUCUACUUUUUAUCUUGAAAACAUUUAAUUUCCAUAAAGAUGACUAAAUGCAAAUGAAGACUGUAUGAAUAAAAAUGGAUCUCUUCACUCGGUCCAGUCGUCAACGAUCACCAGGUUAAAUAUAAUUAUAUGGUGUUGAAGGUUGGAUGGAUGUUGGACAUCUCCUGGAUGAUCAACAAGGUUCUUUGUUUAGUUUCUUUGGACCUUGCAAACUCAGUAAAGACCAAAUAAUGCCUGGAAGGAAAAUAAGUUUGACACCCCUGGAUAAGACACGCCCCCCCGGGCUUUCUAUACAUCUCACUGCAGAACACCCCCGAGUUAUACAUGCCCCCCACUAACUUCCUAGACAUCUGACUGGAGAACACCCAGAGUUAUACACGCCCCCACAAACUUCCUAGACAUCUGACUGGAGAACACCCAGAGUUAUACACGCCCCCACUAACUUCCUAGACAUCUGACUGGAGAACACCCAGAGUUAUACACGCCCCCACUAACUUCCUAGACAUCUGACUGGAGAACACCCAGAGUUAUACACGCCCCCACUAACUCCAUAGAUAUCUGACUGGAGAACACCCAGAGUUAUACACGCCCCCACUAACUUCAUAGACAUCUGACUGGAGAACACCCAGAGUUAUACACGCCCCCACUAACUUCCUAGACAUCUGACUGGAGAACACCCAGAGUUAUACAAGCCCCCACUAACUCCAUAGAUAUCUGACUGGAAACCAAACAUGGUCCUUACCUCAGUUGGUCAUUCCACACAGGAAGAGGCUGAGUUAAAUGUACAGUUUUUCUGGGUAAUGUUUGUUAGGGGUUUAUCAGUUUAUGUUCCAGUAGUGUUUGUGAAAGGAUGUUUUGGACUGUUCAAUUUGCAUGUUGUACAGACUCAAGUGCCAAUCUGUCCUGUGUUGUGUGACAGUGACUGGAGCUUUUCAUUAUUUUCACAAUUAUCAUGUUAAUGUGACUAAGUGCAAUAUCUCAUCCUUCCCUCCAUCAGCCAUUCUGCUGAACAUUUCACAGAUGUCUGUCUAGUGCUCCCUAUUCCCCGUAUUCUCAAUUCAGAGCACCCAUUUCCUAUGUAUUCUCUAGUUGUAGGGCUCCACUUCUGGAUAGAUGAGCCCUCCCCCUGGUCACUAGCGAGUGUACAGGAUAGGGUGGAAAGCUGAAUAAGGUGUUAUCACAGAAGAUUCUGAAUCGAUUCAAAUGUUAACGUUUUCAGAAGCUCUUUAUGUUUAUGUUCAAUAAGUGAUUUAUGUUUACAUUCUUGAAGCAUUUUAUGUAAAUUGUUCUAGAAGCAGUUUGUUUACAUCCUUGAAGGAUUUUAUGUAAAUUGUUCUAGAAGUGGUUUAUGGUAACAUCCUUGAAGCAUUUUAUGUUAAUUGUUCUAGAAGCGGUUUAUGUUUACAUUCUAGAAGCUGUUUAUGUUAUCAGCUGCCAAACUGCCCUGCGAGUUCAAUUCUCUGUUCAAAGCACCAAGUGUUCGAUAGGCUCCCCUUAAAUAUCUUAAGUCCUCGGAGUGGUCUUGAAUCUACACACAUCUGGGGGGAAUAGUUAUCUGCUCUGUGGGAGACAACCCUGUUGAUUGUUACAAUGGUUACAGGGUCAAAGCUCAUUAGUCAGGGGCCCUGAUGUAUAUAACCAAUAAUCAUGACAAUUCAAUAGCAAUCCUCACCGUGUGUGUGAGAGAGAGAGAGCGCAUAUGUAUUUGUUUCAGGUCUGAAGAGUUAAACAAAGGCUACAGUGUUACUAUAUUUUCUGUAUUUGUAGGGUUAGAAGAGGUGUUGUCUAGAGUGAUCCAGUCUCAGUGUGUUGUCUCCAGGUGAAGAGUACUGAGCUAUUAUAACAGUCAUAUUGUAUAUUAGAAUCCAAAAGGUUUUGUGUUUGUUGAUAUGAGGAAAAAUGAAUAUAAUGCUGAAUAUAAUAAUUAUAACUGACCUCCAGAAUGCCUUGCCUGUCCUACCAUCUGCUAUCUGUAACACUAGCAGAGUAACAGUGCCUAGUGGUGCAACAGCACUGUAACAGUGCCCUCUGGUGGCCUUGCAGUGUAACAGCACUAUGGCCAGCGGUGGUAUAAUAUGGACGUUUGGCUUCAAAAGACAUUUUAGAAGUGAUGCAUGUAAUAACGUGUUCUAUGUUGAAUUAUAUGUAAUUCUUCAUUUGAUUUAAAUGAAUACAAAUAAUACCAAAAGGGUGAAUAAAAGGCACAUUUCAUAUA